AUGCCAAGUCCAGUGGAAAUCUUCUUCAUUUUUGUUGCAACUAGUGAGUCAGUACUGGGAGUUUUAGGGAAUGGACAUAUUGGAUUUGUAAACUGUACUGAUUGUAUCACAAAGAAGAAAUCCUCUCUGAUUUGCUUCAUUCUCACUGGCUUAGCUAUUUCCAGAAUUUGUGUGAUAUGGUUAAUAAUUUUAAAUGGGUAUAUAAAGGUAUUCUUUCCAGAUAGGUAUAUGUUUAGUAACUUUGUUGAAUAUGGUAGUUACCUUUGGGCAGUUUUCAAUCAUUUGAACAUCGCAUUUGUUACCAGCCUCAGCAUCUUCUAUUUCCUGAAGAUAGCAAAUUUUUCUCACUCCAUUUUUCUCUGGUUGAAGAGAAGAAUCAACACUGUUUUUACCCUUCUGAUGGGAUGCCUGCUUCUGUCCUUUAUAUUUAAUUUUCUACAAGUUGUGAAGAUAACUAAUGAUUACAAAAUGAAAUACAGAAACACAUCUUGGCAGCUCCACGUACGUAGCAGAGAGCUCUUUAUUGGUCACAUUUUCCUGAAUCUAGGAGUCUUUUUCUUCUUUAUGGUGUCUGUAAUCACAUGUUUGCUGUUAAUCUUUUCUCUUUGGAGACACCACAGGCAGAUGCAAUUGAAUGUCACAGGAUUCCGAGAUGUCAACACAGAAGCUCACGUGAAAGCAAUGAAAGUGUUACUCUCUUUUAUCAUUCUUUAUGUCUUGUAUUUAGCAGGCAUUAUCAUAGAAGCAGCAUGCUCUGUCGUGCCAGAAAACAAACCUCUCUUUCUUUUUGGCUUGAUAAACACAGCCUUGUGCCCCUGUGCUCACUCACUCAUUCUCAUGCUAGGAAACAGCCAGCUGAAGCAAACAUCUCUGAGGGUAGUGCAGCAAUUAAAGUGUUGUGAGAAAAGACAAAAUCUCAGAGUCGCAUAG